AUGGGUCAAUACUGGAAGUUCGUCAAUAUCGACAAGCGGCAGGUGCUUGCGCACGAGUCUGGUUUGAAGCUCUUGGAGAUGCUCGCAGAUCGAGCUCUUGAACCUCUCGUCGGCCUCCUUCGCCGGCCCCAAUGGGUUCCAUAUAUUGCACCAUCAUAUGCAAUCCAGUCAUCCAAACAGAAGAGCCUGGAAUCGCCAGUUAUUGCAUUGCCUCAGGAAGUUAUUGAGCACAUCGUUUCAUUGCUUGUCGAGGACGAGAGGGCUGGAGGCCCAGACUUGAUUUGCCUCUCCCUCACCUGCUCCUACUUCUUUCGUUUGCUCGGCUCUCGCGUGCAAACCCUUCUGGCUGAGGAUGAAGCACCGUGGGCUGGGGAUCGGCUUAUAUUCGUUGGCGACUACGCAAAUGGGAUUCCCGAAGGUGUUUUAAACGAAGCAGAGCGUCGUCAGUUGCUGGGUAAGGCGCACGAGGAGGUAGAAAACGAUGCCCCUGGCCCCAGGGUCGUAACUGACGAGCCGAAUCCUCUCUACUAUUCCAUCGAACAAAAAUUUGCCGAGAAAGGCGCGGUCUUUGAAUGGCGUAACGACCCAGACGAAGUUGAACUAUCUGGUAGCCUUCUCUCACACGUCCAGAAAAGAAUAGGAUCAACACCAGAAUGCAAAAAGGAUAUCAAUUUGAUUCCUGGUUUUCUUCAGAACAUGCCUACUGAUGCGAGCGGAAAUCCGCGCAAGAAGGCCGUGCUUCUCCGCAAUUUGACAACGAAGGAGUUCGUCCUUGAUGACACUAUCGCACAAGGUUCAUUGAAAUAUAGCUUGGGAGAGGUCCUUGGUACUUUUACCGUCUGGACAGAAGAUGGUUCCGGCACUGAAUCUUUGCAAAUUCCUGGGCGAUGGGCUGGCCAUCGGUUUGACAUAGGCUGUUUGGAAGAUGUUGCCGGAGAAGGUUGGAAGAAUGUUAGUGAUGAGGCGGCUCAGAAUCUUCAAGAUGGUGAGCUAUAUGACUAUGGAGUAGGUAGGAGGGCUUGGGAAUAG